AUGCCUCCCCCUGCCUCCUUUACCGAAUCCACUUCGUCGCGGUCUUUCCGCUUGCCAGCAGAAUCUGAUCCAUACGGAAGCACACUUUCCAUGGGCUCUGCCACUUGGUCGCCUAACAGUAUGUCCAAAACAUCAUACCAAGAGAAGACUGAAGGACAUAUUGGAUCCGCAACGCCAACUUCGGCAACGAAAUGCUACGGGGACGCGUAUCGAGGAAACAUGUCCACAUUGGAGAGAGAUCCCUUCACCACGCCUGGCCGCAGCAAGGGGCUCUCCCCCACUGCUUCGGCUUUUGAACCUAUCCUGAGAGGCAACAAGAGGAUUCAUUACCCCAUUGGAAACCCCAUUGCCGCUGGACUGAGUACAGAUCUCGGCUUGUCCAGGUUUCUGAGCAUCUCCCACUCGCUGGGCGUUUCGGUCCCCGACGUCGAAGCCUGGCUGACGGCAUGUAGACAGAUUUGGUUCAACGAAAAGUACAUUGCAUCUCCUCCUGGUCACGUGCUCAUUCAGUUCGAGGACAUUCGCGAUGCGUGCUCCGUACAUGCCAGUGCCCGUCUGGGUCGCAAGAGUUGGACAGUCAGAUUCAUAAGUCCCGAGAAGAUGCCCGAGGUCGCAGUAUUAGCGGCUGUGCCUACGAAUGCGAAUAUCCCUCCGCAAACCUCUAUCGAGCUUGUAAAGUCAUAUUUGCAGCAACAUGGGCAGCUAUUCGCCUUUGUGCAUUUCUCGACAUUUCAAGAUGGUUCCUUCCGCGCAGUGGCCGAGUUCUGCAGCGUGACGGCCAGUAUCUGUGCUCUUGGCGACCAUGGCGGAGUCACUAUCAACGAGGGUAUACACUUAACAAUAACUCCGUAUGGAACAUCUAAUCUGCCGGCUGGAGGAAUGUUAGACAUCCUUCCAAAUGGGCCUGCCAAUACUUGUCCGAGCGGCACUAACAUGGCUGACAUGCCAAUGGAAGUUGUUUCGCAUCAAACGCAUCAAGUUCCCGCUACGGACUUACAACACACUGCCGCCAUGUAUCCGCCGUUGUUCCAGCCCCAAUACUCACCAUCGAUCCUGUACACGCUAGACUGCGUUUCGACCAUGGGCCAGAACACACCGACUACGCCUAUCACACCACGCUAUCCUAUGGGCACAAUGUAUCAGACACCCCCGUCACCAGCCCCUACCUCAAACACUCAUCAUAGUCCAUCACGCUCGGGCCAGAGGCUCAUACGACCAGACGUUCAAAAAUACAGUAUCCAACGUCUCAAUAGAUCACCCCACCGUAAUGGAGUCGGCCAUCAUAAUCACGUGGACAUACAGCACAUUCGGGAUGGUAUGGAUGUUCGCACAACGAUAAUGUUACGAAACAUACCCAAUAAAGUUGACCAGGCCAUGCUGAAGCGGAUCGUAGACGAGUCCAGCUGGGGCAAAUAUGAUUUCAUGUAUUUGCGGAUCGAUUUCGCCAAUGAUUGCAAUGUUGGAUACGCCUUUAUCAACUUCGUGGAUCGAAUGCCAAGCGCUUCCGAGCGUAUGCUGACUCAAUCGCAGUUCGUAGAUGCCCGUGGAAACCAACGAUGGAAUUGUUUCAAGAGUGACAAGGUCGCCGAAGUAUCCUAUGCCACCAUUCAAGGAAAAGACUGUCUUGUUCAGAAGUUCCGCAACAGCUCUGUCAUGCUCGAGGCGGCACACUAUCGACCGAAGUUGUACUUCACCUCCAAUGGGCCUAUGCCAGAGCUGGCAGGACAAGAGGAGCCUUUCCCCGAGCCAGACAAUCAAUCGAAAAUGAAACGAAGCUGCGAGAAUGCUGAACACGUUGGUAAGGGCCUCAGCUUGUCCGUCAGAACUCGGCUGACCGAUCUCCCUCUCCAGGUCUAUUCACUCCAAAUGCUGGGCAGCACUUCCGGGAUGAGCAGCGGCGGAGGCGGUCACAAUUUGAUCGAGGCACCCGUCUUGCUGCACUCGAAGAGUACGAUUACGACACAACCAUCCACCAUCUCUACCACCCUGAGCAUCUCGCAGUUUGCAGGCGUGGCUCUUAGAUUGCCGCUUUCAAUCGCAUUGUGUUUGUAUGUUGGAGUUUGA